UCUCCAGUCUCGGUGGACCCGGCGGCGGACGGUGAGGACGCGGACCCAGGAGAGAUGUGUGACAGGGGCUGCGUGGCCUCCACCCUCCGCUAUUGCAUGACGGUCAGCGGCACCGUGGUUCUGGUGGCCGGGACGCUCUGCUUCGCUUGGUGGAGCGAAGAGAAUGCGGGUGCCCAGGCUGGCCCGCGGGCCCCACCCACCGAGCAUCCCGGUGCUGAGGCCCGCAGGCCCCUACUCAGGUCGGUCAGCUUCUUCUGCUGCGGCACAGGCGGCCUGCUGCUGCUCUUCGGCCUGCUGUGGUCUAUCAAGGCCAGCACCCGGGGGCCGCCCCAGUGGGACCUGUACCAUUUCUCCAGAGACCUGUACUAUCUCAGUGUGGAGCCCUCGCAGAAGGAGAGAUGCAGGACCCCAACGGUGGCUGCCAUCCCCACUUAUGAGGAGGCCACGCGCUGCCCUCUGACUGAGGGGCCCCCGACGCCACCUGCACGCCCCACGGAGGAAGACCCGGAGUGCGGUGCCUCAGGGGAUGCCCUGCUUGGGACCCAGCCCCCCUUCCCCCCACCCGGCUACGAGAGCAUCGCCCUUGCUCUUGGAGCCGUUUCUGGGGAGACAGCAGCUGGCGCUGUGUUCUCCUGCCCAGGCCUGGUCCGGACGGCAGCGGGGGAGAGGUGAAGGCUCCUGGCAGGCCCCGAAGUGAGAGACGGAAGUGAUGAGCCCCUUCCAGCGGCUCCUGCAGCGCCUGGUGCACAGGAGGCACUCAACAAAUGUUUGCUGCUGAAUGCUGUUUUAUUUUUCUAUUGCUGCAUAACAAACCACCCCAAAAUUUAGUGGUUUCAAAUAAAUCCCAUU